UGCUGUGCCACGAGGAAACGAAUGUACGAACGCAAUUGUUUUUCCUGAAUUUCCCCCCUUCACCCAAUAAAGUGCGCAAGAGUGAGACGUCUACACAGAUUUAAUAGGAAAUUUCGUAUGGAUUUUCCCAGAAGUAAUAGCACAGUCGAGUGUAGAUUUUCCGUGGGUGUCAAUCUCUAUAGCCUCCAGUGGACAUUUGGUGCGGCGACCGAUCUCGAUGUCUCCGCAAUUAGAUAAUGCUUAAGCUACCAAAGGGCCUAAAAAAGAAAAAGAAGAAGUCGAAAAAGGACCAAGAACUCUUCACCGAAGAGGAGCUCGAGCAGUACAAACGCGAGCUCAGGGCCAAGCAGGAGGCGGCGGCCAACAAAUCGGACGCUGGCGAAUCGGACGGUGGCGCAUCGGACGUCGAGGGUGCCGCAGGCGCCACAUACCACAGAUCCUCUGUCGGAGACGCUCAUCUAGCCGAAUCCGGUGCUGCAAGCACUUCCACUGACGACCACCACCACCACCAUCAGCAUCAGCAGCAUCAGCAUCAGAGUUCCAGCGGCGGCGGAGGCGACGAGGAAUGGGCCAAGUUUAAGGCGCUUACAUCGGGCGUCGAUACCAUCCUACACAAGACCCAGGACGAGCUCGAUCGCAUCAAGAAGGAGUCCUUCUACCAACGCCUGCCCUCGGCUGCCGAGAAGAAGAAACAGGAGGAGGAGGAGGCAGCCCGUCUCGAGGCCCAGCGCCAGGAGCGUGAGCGCCAGCGCCUCGCACUAAUCGAAUCACAGCGCGACAAGCUAGCAGAGGCCGUUGUCGAGCUCUCAGAUUCGGAGGACGACCAGCAGGACGAGGUCGAUGACAUCUUUGCCACCGACUACAUCGAGGCGAUCACCAGCGGAGAGCUCCAACUAGCCGUUGUACCCGACUCGCCCGUGUACCCGGCGGACGACGGGCCCGAUCCGUUCGACACCGCCUACGCGGAGAAAGUCAUUGUUGGCGCCGACAAGGCCAAGGGCAACAAGAAGCUCGUCAGCCUCGGUGCUGCCGUAGAGGUACUCUCAGGCCGCGUGGACCGCGAUCACGCCCUAGCCCUAGCCAACCCCAAGCGCAAGCUCCGCAAGGGCAUCCAGAAUCUUCUGCUCAGCGAGAGCGUAGAGCUAGCCGAUCCCGAGGCGGAUCUCCUAGCCGCAGCCGCCAACGCCGAGCCGCAGCACAAUCUGCUCGACGAUCUCGUCGACGACGACCUCACCGAAUCGGCGGGCCCCAUCGAUUUGAGUGUCUCGCUCCAUCUGCAUCUGAUUAAGCCCCAAAGGGUUGACGAGCAGGACGAGGACGCCGAGCUCGCAGAGCUUCAGGGCAGCUCCCUCAAUCCGGAUCUAGCCGAGUUCGACGCGCUCAAGGACGAGGAGGACGACGAGUUCGCCGAACUAGCCGCCGAGUCGCUCACCAAAAAGGAGGACAUCACCAUCGUCAACCAGGUCGUGCUGCCGCCAGUCUCCCUACUCGCCGAAGCGGUUGCAGAGGCCAGCUGGGCCGAGUUCGAGGCGGAGCCAGAGUCCGAGGAGCCACUACCAGGAAAACCCAAGCGCCCGCCGCCACCGGCCAGGCCUGCCACUGGACCACACAUUGUACCUGGUGCCAUCUACGUCAGUGACGACGAGGAGGAGCCCAAUCUUGACGACGACCCCUUCAACACCAACUACGCGGAGCAGGUGAUCAAGAAGACCACCGUACUCGAGGAGGACGACGACUUUGAUCCGCGCGCCGAGGAGGAGACCACUGGCGGGUCUUCAUUGCUAGCGGCUCCAGGCCGCGAUCUUUUGGCCGGGAGUGCCACCGAUCUCAGUAAGGUGGUGCCAGCGCCAUUGGCGCCCACCCUUAGCAUCGAUCAAGAGCCGGAGGACUUUGAUCCUUUCGAUACCUCAGCGGUCAGUGCAAUCGUUCAGCCAAAGGCCACAGAGCUGCGCUUUCUAGAGCGGGAGCUGCUCACCAACGAGACGAGCGGUGGACUCAAGCACUCACUAAGCGAUCCGGACUUUGAUCCGCGAGCCGGACAGGAGGAGGACCAGCAGCAGAAGCAGCAGCAGAAGCAGCAGCAGAAGCCCCCGCAGAGGCCGAAGCCACCGGUGCCACCUUCGCCAUCUCACAUCACUCCGGAGUUUGACGCCGCCAGACGCAAGUCCUCGCUGAGCCUGAACAUCCAGGCGAAGAGUGUGGGCUUCCUGGUGCCAGGGCCGGACCUACUCGGGGCCGGUAAUGAGGUCGGGGCCAACAAGAAGCCUCUGACGCCGUACUACGCGCCCUCCGCCGCCGGAUCAGCCAACGCAUCGCAGUCGAUUGCCGAGGGCAUACCAGAGUCGGAGGAUCCCUUCGACACCUCCUAUGUGCCGGAGGCCAAGCUCAGCGACAUCGAGCUGAAGCACAUCGAGGCGGAUCUGAUUGCGGAGCCCACGCCCACGCUGCGGCACAGCCUCUCCGAUCCGGACUUCGAUCCGCGUGCCCCGCCCACGCCCGUGCCCGCCGAGGUGCUGCUCGCCGUCGAGGAGAACAUCGACAUCAAGGUGCUGACACCCGCGCAGGAGCGCAGACAGCUGCCCAAAGGCGCCCACAACGCCCAGGGGGAGUCGGACGAGGACGACGUUGACCCAUUUGACACUUCGAUCGCCGCCAAUCUACAGCCCGGACAGACGGAGCUGAAGCUGCUCGAGAACGAGCUGCUGCCACAGAGGAGCGCCCAGGAGCUGGCCAUUGACGCCCAGAGCGACGCCCAGGAUCUGGGACUUGGCGACAAGGUGCUCACACCCUCGCUGCCCUCGCGCCCCCCGCCACCGGUGCGGCCGCAGGACAUCGAUCCCUUCGACACCUCCAUUGCGGAGAAUCUAGCGCCCGGCGAGACGGAGAUCAAGCUGCUCGAAAGCGAGCUGAUCGAGCGAUAAGCAAACCCCAAAAACCACAAA